AUGUCGAGGCACUGAUACUUUACGCGAAACUUUGACUACUGGGCCAAACGUGGCAUACGGGGCCCGAAGCCUUACAUUGGUUUCGGAAAUACUUUGCAUAAGUUUCUGAACCAAACCACUGAUCUGGAGGUCCAAUGGAUUCACGAAUUCGGCAAAAUAUACGGCAUUUUUGAAGGCAAUCGACCCAUACUAACGGUGGCGGACCCGGAGCUCAUCAAAAGCAUUUUGGUGACAGACUUUCAUCUGUUUAACGAUAAGGAGGCAAACCCACUUUUCCACUCGAAAGCCCACCCAAUACUGGCCACGAAUAUCGAGGUAAAGGUGGGCGACGAGUGGCGCCGACAACGGGCGGUACUU